UAUUUGAUUGACACUGUGUUACUGGUAUAAUGGGUAAAAACAAAAAAAAACGACAUGCAACGCAUAUUCCCAAUGUCACUAUAAUUUUAGACAGUUUCACUUUAUCAAGGAACCAUGGGGCUAUAAACAAAAUACGGAAGGAUUGUGAAAAAUCUGUAUUCUAUCACAAAUUUCUUGUUCGUAAAACAUUAUCUUAUGACAAAGAAUACAUUAUAAAGUCAAUUGUGGACUUUGUUCAUCCUGCCCCGCUAAUACCAGUUAAUUUUAAACAAUAUAAAAAAACAUGCCGGUUUGUAGCUAAAGACUGUCUGGAAGCCAUGAUAAAAAUACUGGAUGCAAAGUGCAAUAUUCCUCAUCCUCGAGAUCCAAGCACACCAUUCAGCCUUACCGUUAUGGCCAAUUGUCAUCCACCUGGAGAUAUAGAAGUAACUGGAACUGGGGAAGGCAAGUCUAAAAAUACCGAAAACGAUAUGGAAGAUAAUGAUGAUGAUGAUAAUGUUAACAGUAUUAGUGGUGGUAGUGGUAAUAACUACUCUGAAAACGUAUAAAAUUGAUUUGGGA